GCAUUUUAUUGGUAGCUAUGGGGGGAAGUCUCUCUUUCCCAGAAGUCGAUUUGAAGGAUAAAGUGGCCAUUGUAACUGGUGGUAAUGCUGGGAUAGGAUAUGAGACAGCUAAGGGAAUAGCAAAACUUGGAGCACGCACUAUAAUAGCUUGUAGAUCAGAGGAAAAAGCAACUGCUGCAAUUGAGCGUAUGAAGGCUGAGAUAAUUGCUACUGGAUCAGAUCAGCAUAACAUUGAAUUCAUGAAGCUGGAUCUGAGCUCAUUCAAUUCAACAAAAGAAUUUGUUGUCUCAUUCAAAGAGAAGCAAUUACCAUUACAUAUUUUGAUCAACAAUGCUGCAGUUGGAUCUGUACCUCUAACAAUGACAGAGGACGGAUAUGAGGCUCACUUUCAGAUCAAUCAUCUCAGCCACUUCCUAUUGACACUGGAGCUACUCCCUGUUAUGCUUGAUACUGCUCAAUCAUGUAAAGACUGUAGGAUUGUCAUAGUCUCUUCAACGGCUCACAAAAGUGGUGUGUUCGAUCCUCAAAACAUGAAUGGAGAAGUGUCUUAUUCACGCUUACUGUUUUACUGUCAUUCUAAGCUUUACAAUGUAAUGCAUGCAUUUGCACUUCAAAGACGUCUAAAAGAGAGUGAUAUUACAGUCUCAGUCCUCCAUCCUGGAAUUAUUAAGACUGAAUUGUUUGAUAAAGGAUUUAGUGAAUCAAGUGUGGCCAGCACAGCAUGGGGGAUUGGAAAAUUUUUACUUGGACCAAUAAUGAGAGAUGCUUUUCAAGGUGCUGCUACAACCAUUAAUUGUGCUGUCAAUCCUGAGCUGAAUACUAAAGAGUGUCAUUAUUAUGACAGCUGCAAAAUAGUCAGUUCAAUUCCUCUGUCAAUGAACACUGAUCUACAGGAGCAGUUGUGGGAUAUCAGUGUUACUAAUGUUAAAGCUUGGUUGAGUCCAGAGAUUGUUGAAAAGUAUUGCAGUGCCCAGAAAAUAGGACUUGAAGAAACAACACCCGAGACACAAACCACUAGAGCCAAUCCGCAUUGUACUGAUUCUACUGAAGAGGAAUCGACUACUACUAAAAAUGAAUCAACUACUAAAGAUAAAUCUACUACUAAAGAAGAAUUGGCUACUAAAAAUGAAAGAUGAAUCGUCUACUAAGGAAUGAAUCUGCUCACUUAAGCCCAACAUA